AUGGGAUCUAUAAUUAUAGGCCUCGACGAAGACAUCGCCAUUAUUGGCAUGGCCUGUCGCUUCCCCGGAGACGCCACGAGUCCCUCGAAGUUAUGGGAUCUCCUGAUGGAAGGCAAGUCGGCCUGGUCCGAAGUCCCGGCAUCGAGAUGGAACCAAGACGCACACUACCAUCCGUCGCAAGAGCGCGCGGGGAGCAACACCGUAAAAGGCGGUCAUUUCUUGCGCGACGACGAGCAGAACGGCAAGAAGUUCGACGCCGCCUUCUUCAAUAUUACCCACAAAGAGACAGAAACGAUGGAUCUCCAGCAGCGUAUAGUCAUGGAAAAUGUCUACGAGGCAAUAGAGAGCGCCGGCCUCCGGCUCGAGGACGUAAAAGGAAGCAAGACUAGCGUGUUCGCGGCUCAAUUUACCGAUGACGUGCGUUCAAUUCUUCAAGAGGACCCGGACUUGUCUGUCAAGUAUAAACCAAUCGGCACCAGCGCGGCCAUCCUCGCGGCCCGAGUAAGCUGGUUUUACGACCUGAGAGGUGCCAGCUUCACUCUGGACACGGCAUGUUCUGGCAGCAUCGUGGCGUUGCACACGGGGGCCCAGGACCUGCGCGCCGGGCUCAGUGAUAUGUCUAUAAUAACCGGAGUCAACAUAAUCGAGUCCCCAGAGUUUAUGUUCCGCGCCAGCGGCCUUGGCAUGGUGUCGCCCGAUGGCAAGUGCUAUUCUCUUGACGCGCGCGCUAACGGCUACGGGCGCGGCGAGGGGGUGGGCACGUUAAUCCUCAAACCUGUGUCGGCGGCCAUCCGCGACGGCAACGUAAUCCGCGCCGUGCUACGCGGCACCGGCGUCAACUCAGACGGCCGCGGCACCGGCGGCAUCACGCUGCCCAAUAAAGCGGCCCAGGAGUGCCUCAUACGGGACGUUUACGCCCGCCACAACCUCAACCCAGACGAGACCGGUUUUCUCGAGGGCCACUUUACAGGUACGCCGGCCGGCGACCCGAUCGAGGCCAGCGCCAUUGCCGCUGUGUUCCAGCGCGGCGGACCGAGAGCGGCGGCUGACAGGCCGUCGCUAUACGUGGGCGCUGUCAAGGCCAACAUUGGCCAUGUCGAGGCGGCAUCUGGCAUGGCCCAAGUCAUCAAGACAGUCAUGGUGCUGGAAAACGGUGUGAUACCGCCCAACACAAACUUUGAAAAGAUCAACCCCAGGAUACCAAUUGACAGAUGGGGUCUCAAGCUGCCCCUGUCGCCGACGCCAUUCGAGGCAGGGCCCUCAGGGAUCCGACGGGCGAGUAUCAACAGUUUUGGGUUCGGCGGCACAAACGCCCACGUGGUGCUGGACGAUGCCAAAAGCUAUCUGGACAAGCUGGGUUUAGGUGAUAGGGGCCACUUACACGCAACAAAGCCGGGGAAAUCAGCACUCAAAACCCCUGGAAAGGACAAUUGCUCGUCGCAGCAGGCUGCGGCAGGCCACAAGGUCUUUUUCUUCUCCGCAAACGAUCAAGAGGGCAUCUCGCGUGUCUUCGCGGGUGUCGCGGAGCAUUUGCAGAAGCAGACCGGUGAAAACGGAACAUGCCAGAUAGACGACGCAUAUCUCUCCAGUCUCGCCAUGACUCUUUCAGAGCGGCGUUCACGCUUGUCCUGGCGCCUUGCCCUCACCGCCGACUCAUUCACGUCCCUCCUUGCGGCGCUCACCGAUCCCACCACAAGUGCCAGCGCCGUCCGCCCCGGCAGGGCCACCACGCCCGCCGCAGCUUUCAUCUUCACAGGCCAAGGAGCACAGUGGUUCGCCAUGGGCCGGGAGCUGCUCGUCUUCGACGUCUUCAGGGCGAGCGUUGCCGAGGCCGACAGGUUCAUUGGCGGUACACUCAGCAGCGGUUUCAGCGUGCUGGAGGAGCUUACGCAGCCCAGCGCCGAGACCUCCAAGAUCGACCAGCCGCUGUACUCGCAGACGCUAUGCACUGUGCUGCAGGUCGCCUUGGUGGAUCUGCUUGCCAGUUGGAAGCUGACGCCCAAGCGUGUGAUCGGGCACUCGAGCGGCGAGAUCGCGGCCGCGUACGCGGCGGGCGCUCUGGACCGCAAGUCAGCGUGGAAGGUAGCCUACUACCGAGGUGUCGUAAGCGCGAAGCCCGCGGCCGACAACAACGCACGUGGCGCGAUGGUGGCUGUCGGAUGCACCGCCAGCGAGGUGGCUCCUCUCAUUGCUCAAAUCCAUGAGAAACUCGGUGCUGAUGGAGAGCUAGUCAUCGCCUGUUACAACUCGCCCCGCAGCCUCACCAUCUCCGGAGACGAGACCAAGGUGGACGCGUUGAUCGAGGCCGCGAACGACAAGAAGCUGUUUGCGCGGAAGCUGCGCGUAGCUAAGGCGUACCACUCGCGCCACAUGAUUCCCGUAUCCGAAGAAUACCGGUCGUUGAUGGGCACGCUCCGGGCAGCUGCUGCGGUUAACGGGCUGCCGUCGUCCGGUGUGCAUGUCAUGUCUUCGGUCACGGGUGGUCUGAUAGCUGCGAGUGACAUGACCCAAGCUGACUAUUGGGUACAGAACCUCGUAUCUCCGGUGCGGUUCUCGCAGGCGCUCGUUGCCUUGUGCACCUCUAACGUUGCGAAGAAGCAGCUCAAGGUCGGCGGCGGCGCCGAACUGCCUGUGUCGCACCUCGUCGAGAUCGGCCCGCACGGCGCGCUACAGGCGGCGGCGCGAGACGCUGUGCUCAAUGACCCGAACCACAAGGCCCUGCGCUACGUGUCUAUCUUGACACGCGGGAAGCAUGCGUGUGCCACCGCGCUGCACGCAGUCGGCGCGCUGGCUGCGGCGGGCCUGCCGAUCGAUCUGGCCAAGGUCAAUAGCAACGGCGGCAAGGGCAACUAUGCCAUGUUGGUGGACUUGCCCCCGUAUCCCUUCCUCCACACAAAGGAGACGUAUUCUUGGUUGGAAUCCCGUACCAGCCGCGCGUGGCGGUUCCGAAAACAUGCUCGGCACGACGUCCUCGGCGCCCCCGUCCGCGACUGGGAUCCGGACGCCCCGAGGUGGCGCAACCACCUCCGCGUGUCGGAGGUCCCGUGGCUCCGGGACCACAAGGUCACGGACAGCAUUGUCGUCGCUGGGGUGACUUACCUGGUGAUGGCGAUUGAAGCUGUGCGCCAGCUGUACGGCGAUAAGGGGGAGGUGCCGCUCGGCUUCAAUCUACGGGACGUAAGCAUCUCGCGGGCAUUCCAGGUCAGCGAGGAUGAGCACACUGAGACCAUGCUUUCCAUGAAGCGAGUCGCCGAGUCACGCCAGUCGGACAGCAGCUUGUGGUGGGAGUGGAAGGUCACCUCCUUCAGUGCUCACGAUGACACUUGGCUGGAGCACAGCCGCGGACAGAUCGCCGCUGAGACCGCUGCCGAGAUAUCUACGGGUGUGAUUGACGGCGGGCGCGAAGAAAGGGAGCGAAGCCGCUACUACAAGGAGCUGCUGUCGUCCGUGACGCGGGUCUGCACCGCGCCACAGACGGAGCUUCUCCCGAGCCGGUACGCCGAGCUCGAGCGAAUCGGCCUCGGGUUCGGUCGUCUUUUCCGCAACAUCUCUAGCAUGUACUCCAGCUCCAAUGGCGACAGCAAGACGAGCGGCCAGGCGCUGGGCACCAUCCGCAUCCCAGACAUCGCCACGGCAAUGCCGGGCCACGCCCUCGCCGCCUCGAUAAUCCAUCCGCCAGUUUUCGAUAGCAUCAUGCAGUCCUUCAUCUUCGCCUUGCAGGCCUCGGCUGAACGCCUGACGGAGCCCAUGGUGCCCGUGGCGAUACGCAGCGUAUGGGUCAGCGCCGGCAUCGAAGCCCGACCUGGCACGGAGCUCACGGUACACGCCGCAGCCGGCCGCGUCGGCCACAAGAAAGCCGAGGCGGACAUCACGGCUUGGAGCACCAACCCUGAUGCCGACAGGCCUGUAAGGGUCGUAAUGCGCGGCAUCGAGGCAGUGCCUUUACAGCACGGCACCACCGCGGGGGACGCAGCCGGCAGCAGGCGUGAAAUCUGUUUCAACCUGGACUGGAAGCCGGACGUGGACAUUCUUGAGGCAAACGGCGAGGCCGAAACUUGCAUACGCACUGCAUUACUGCCACUGGAGACUCCGGCGCUCCAGGAGAGCGCCUUAAAACAGCUCGGGGACGUGCAGCUGGCGUGCGCCAUCUGGAUCACCGAAGCCGUCAAGAAGGUCGAGGCGCGGCCGCUCGCAGACGAAAACGCGUUACCUGAGCACAUGAAGAAAUAUCUAGGCUGGUUGCGGCUGAUUGCUAACGAUUACAAGAACAACAAAGUAUUCCGCCAAGACGUCUCGUGGCCGGCUGUUACGGAAGACGCCACCGCACGCGACAGAUUCCUCGCCGAGUAUGAGGCGUCGGGCCACCCCGAAGCCGCUAUGAUAUGUCGAAUCGGGCGUAACAUUGCGCCGAUUCUCCGCGGAGACGUGGACGGACUGCACCUGCUAUUCGGCAUGGACGACCUGCUCGAGCGCGUUUACCGCGUCUCGAUAGGAACCCAGAAGAUCCACGCUCUAAUGGGGGCGUAUGCCAGAAUACUGAGCCACAAGCGCGGCGCAGACCUCAAGGUGCUGGAGAUUGGUGCCGGAACCGGCGGGACGACGACCAGCAUCCUCGAGGCCGUCUGUCCUGCGGGGACCCGUGUCAUCGGCGACUCGCGGCUGCUGAAAUACACCUAUACGGAUAUCAGCCCCAGCUUCUUCGAGACUGCUGCGGCCAAGUUCGGCAAGUGGAAGGCCGGUGGCGUCAUUGAGUUCAAGACAUUAGAUAUCGAGAAAGAUGUUGAGGAGCAGGGCUUUGACCUGGCCUCUUAUGACCUGAUCAUUGCGGCCAACUGCCUCCACGCGACGUCGGACAUCACCAAGACUAUGGCCCGCGUCAACAGUCUUUUGAAGCCCAACGGCAAGCUCUUCCUCCAGGAAACCACGGAGCUACGGUGUCUCGAGUCUCCGCUUGUCUUUGGCAUGCUCGCUGGAUGGUGGGCUGCCAAGGAGGACUUCCGCCCCUGGGGUCCGCUGCUAGACGGAAAGGGGUGGGAGCGAGUGCUGCGCGAAGCCGGCUUUUCCCAGACUGUCCUAGAGCUCAAGGACUCAACUAAAGAUGAGCUGCACGUACAGAGCAUGGUUGUAGCGACGCGACCGGCGGACGAGGAAGUCGCCAACAAGUCGCAGCAGCUCGACGAGGAGGAUAUUCUUCGCCGGGUGUUUGUGGUUGCGCAUGAGACGCCCGAGGACAUUGCCUUGGCUACGUUUGUGGCUUCUGCCGUGUCAGAGAUGACCGACCUCGGGGUGAGCGUCGUUCAUUUCAUCGACCUGGAACAGCAUGAUCUAGCCAACACAUGCUGCAUUGUGGUGAUGGAGGCUACCAAGCCCUUCCUCUCGUCGUCUUUCAGCGAAGCCGAGUUUGUGAUUCUGCGCCACUUACUGACCAAAGCCGGAGGCCUGCUGUGGCUCACGCUCCACCCACAUGAGAACCCCCACAUGGCUAUGAUACCGGGCCUUCUUCGUACGGUGCGCUGGGAGAGAAAUCUUGAUGGCUCGGACCUGCUGCUUCUUCAUCUGCCCUCUGCCAAAGCCUCGCUCGUGGCGGCCAACGUUGUCAAAGUCUUCAAGCAUCACUUCAGCGGACCUUUUCUGUCUCUGGAUCGCCAUGCCGACUACCUUGUCGACCCAGUCGGUUGCGGUUUUGAUCAUGGUGGAGUCAUCCAGACGGCCCGGAUCAUCGCCGCUCCCCCAGUCAAUGACUUCAUCGCACAGAGAACGACUGUGCUCCAGCCUCGGUUGCAGGCAUUUGGCGCCGACCAGAGUCGCAGCCUGAAGCUGCACACCUCUAUGCCAGGAGAUCUGGAUAAGCUGCAUUUCGUCGACUGGCCAGGGGCGCAGCAGCCUCUCGGGGACGACGAGGUUCAGGUAGAGAUCAAGGCCGCGGGCUUGAACUUCCGCGACGUCAUGGUGGCCAUGGGCGAACUCGACAACAAUACCCUCGGCUACGAGGGUGCCGGUAUCGUCACGCACGUCGGUGACGAGGUGACGGAUAUCAAGGCCGGCGAUCGUGUCAUCGCUGUCUGGAACGGCGACAAUAACUGCCUCCAGACUCGUACGAGGGUGCCCCGGGACCUCGUAGCCAAGAUUCCUAACAGCAUGUCUUUCGAAGAGGCUGCCGGCAUUCCUGUUGUCUUCGUGACAGCCUACUUUUGCCUAUAUGAGGUGGCGCGUCUCAAAGCCGGGGAGACUAUCCUCGUCCACGCAGCAGCGGGCGGGACAGGUCAGGCCGUGAUCCAGCUGGCCAAGCAUUUGGGCGCCGAGGUCUACGCGACCGUAUCCUCGCGCGAGAAGAUGAAACUGCUGAUGGAGCAGUACGGGCUCGCCGAGGAUCAUAUCUUCAGCAGCCGUGAUCUGUCUUUUGCAAGCGGCAUCAUGCGCAUGACGGGUGGCAAGGGCGUUGACGUGGUUGUCAACUCCCUCUCGGGCGAGGCGCUGCGUGCCUCUUUCAACUGCAUAGCCAUGUUUGGCCGCUUCGUCGAGAUUGGUAAACGCGACAUCAUGGCCAACGGCAAAAUCGAUAUGCUCCCUUUCAGCCGAUGCGCCACCUUCACUGCGGUUGACCUCGCCCAAAUAGCCACCUUGGCGCGCCCAUUGACCUCGCGCAUCAUGCGCUCCGUCGUCGACCUGCACGCCGCCGGCAAGCUCCAUGCCUGCAGGCCGCUCAACGUGCACACCUUUGGGGAAAUGGAAGACGCAUUCCGCAUCCUACAGCAGGGCAAACAUAUUGGCAAGGUCGUCCUCAAGGCGCACCCCGAGGACCUCGUCAAGGUUGUCCCCAAGCCGCCUGCGCCCACGCGUCUGAGACUCGACGCGACCUACCUGCUUCCAGGCGGCGUCGGCGGGCUCGGGCGGUCCAUCGCCAAGUGGAUGGCAGCGCCGGCACAAGGCGCCAAGAACAUCGUGUUCCUUUCGCGCGGCGGCGCCGAAGCCGCCACAACGCGCCAGCUGCUCGCCGAGUUGGCCGACAUGGGCGUGCGGGCGAUAGCACUCAAGUGCAACGUCGCCGACGAGGCGCAGUUGGUCGCGGCGCUGGCCGAGCUGAACCGCCUGGACUUCCCCCGCAUUGCCGGUGUCAUCCAAGGUGCGAUGCAGCUCCGUGACUCAGCCUUUGAGUUCAUGUCGCACGCGCAAUGGGAAGAGUGCCUGGGCCCCAAAGUGCAAGGCACAUGGAAUCUCCACAAGUAUCUACCCGCCGAUAUGGACUUUUUCGUCAUGCUGGGCAGCGUGGCCGGGCUCGUCGGCAACCGGGGCCAGUCCAACUACGCGGCGGGCAACACGUUCCAGGAUGCGCUUGCAAUAUACCGGCGCACCAAGGGGCUGGCGGCGACGUGCAUAGAUCUGUGCAAUGUCAUGAGUGUAGGCUUUGUCGCCGAGAACCAAGAAACACUCAACAAGAACCCGCUCUUCUUCUACGCGCACGACGGUAUCCGCGAGGACGAGUUCCUCAGCUUGGUCGAGUUCCACCUCGACGCAGAACGAGCGGGCUGCCAGGGGCAACCCCAGAUUGGCGUUGGCUUGGCACCACUGUCCGUGUUUAAGGAGCGCGGUUUGCCCGAGCCGACGUUCAUCAAGUCGCCGCUGUUCCGACAGUUGCGGUCGAGCGGCGAGUCGGGGGCCACGGCGGAUGCUGCAUCGGACCAGAACGGCGGCACCGUGUCGGUGACACGUGCUCUCAAGUCAGCCCAAAGCCCAGAGGCGGCGGCGAAAAUCAUCUGUGACGCGCUGGUGCAGAGGAUCAGCCGCACGAUGCGGAUUCCGGAGCCAGACAUUGACGUUGGCAAGCCGAUUCACGUCUAUGGCGUGGACUCGCUAGUGGCCAUGGAGAUUCGGAACUAUGUUGCUAGUGAGUGCGGGUAUGCGGUUUCGGUCUUGGAGAUUAUGAGUAACAAAAGUACGGAGGUUUUGAGUGGCGAGAUUGCCAAAGGGAGCAAAUUUGUGCGCAAUGGCCUUUAG